AUGGCGGAGGCUACCAAUGGAGCAUCGCUUGCAGAUUAUUAUGUACAGCCCAAACCAAAACGGGGCCGACCCAAAGGCUCCAAGAACAAGUCGAAGGAUGGCGUUGCGCCUGUCAGAGGGCAUACUGACAGCGCUCUAGUAACAAACCCAGGCCGUGUUACCCGGUCAUCCCAAAGAGAGCAGGGCCAGUCUCUUGAUGGGUUCACCGUGUCCAGGAAGCAGAGGACGGCGGAGACUGCGGACGUGAUGAAUGAACAGCCGGACGACAAUUUCUGGUCCCAGCUACCGCCGAUUGAAGCUGGUGAGGAGAUGUCGCCCUUAACGUCGCUCACCAACGAAUUCACCACUAUCAACGAACGGGUUGAGACCCCAGACUUACAACCUGAGCUGCCAGAGAUAGAUCCCUCAAGCCCGGAGUUCCGAUCCCUCAUGCUCCGGCUUAAAUAUGCCAAACCCACAGCCCAAACACUAGACCCGACCCUAGAACAGGCGCUAAGAUCAUCCCCGAUCUUUAUCGCAAGCGACCCUCACCGGCCAACGGACAAUCCAAGACACGAUGAGGACUUCGACGAAAGCUCCUCCUCUGAGGACAACGAUAAUGAGCAAGAAACAGGACCAAGUCCAACCGGGGUCUGCCUUUUCGUAUCGAAGAAGAUUGACCCCAGAACGUGGUCAUGCCAACAGGUCACAACGGAUUAUCAAAUCCCAAAGGUCCGGCGUGCGCACCAGGGAAGGGAUUGGACUGAUCUCUUCAUUCACAACAUCUACAACAGGCUGGGCAGCGGCACAUUCGACGUGCUUAGAGAGGAGCUUGCAAAACGCCCAUUCGGAGAGCAUAUCGUCCUCGGUGACAUGGAUGUCCACAACCCAGCGUGGGGAGGACUAGGAACCCAGAUCCACCAGGAGGCGGAAGAUCUGCUUCUAAUCAUGCAUGAACAGGGGCUCCAGUUGACGACGGAGGAGAGAAUAGAGACGUGGUCAAGCCGAGAUCAAUCAUUGGUCAUCGAUCUUACAUUUAUAUCGUCGAGUCUAUAUUCUACGCUUGUUCGGUGCGAAAGAGCUGAUGAUCUAGAACACGCAUCAGACCAUUUCCCAAUCAGAACAGAGCUUGACAUCGGCACACCAUUAUCCGAACCUCCCAAACGGAGGAACUGGAAUGCUACUGAUGAUAAGAAACUCGUGGAGUUCAUCGAAGACCAUUAA